AUGGUUCCAACUCCAGCUACCGCCGCCAAGGCCAAGACCCCUUCCCGACCCACCUUCACCGUCAUGGUCCGACGGGCCAUUGCCAACCUCAAGGAACGCAACGGUUCUUCCCGACAGGCCAUCGAGAAGUGGAUCAUCGCCAACUACGGCGUCGAGAAGGGUGGCCAUCACCUCCGACUUGCUCUCAAGAAGGGCGUUGAAGCCGGAACCCUCAUCCAGGCCAAGGGUGUUGGCGCCAACGGUUCCUUCAAGCUCAAGAAGGUCGCUGAGCCAAAGAAGCCCGCCAAGAAGGUGAUGAAGAAGAAGGCUCCCGCCAAGAAAGCCACCGCCACCAAGAAGAAGGUCACCAAGAAGGUGCCCAAGGUCUCCGCCGGCAAGAAGACCACCGCCACCAAGAAGGCCCCAGCCAAAAAGACUGUCGCCGCCAAGAAGCCAGCUGCCAAGAAAGCUGCUCCCGCUAAGAAGGUCGCCGCCAAGGCCAAGCCUGUCAAGAAGGCUAAGUAA